AUGGGAACGCAGAUCACAUGCGACGAGGCAGAUGACGAGCGAGACUGGCGCUUGGUCAAGGAGCUUUUGCAGAAGCUGGGCCGCGACCACGUGAUGGGAGUCGCUGUGGGCAAUGAGUUAGAGCUUCUCUAUCAGAAGGACUAUGCCACGCCGAGCUGCAUCCACCGGCUCUGGGGUGGCGGUCAAUUCUGGCGCAAGCUCACGCAGAGAGCUGCGGAUCUGGAUGCGAUGGCAGGCUUCUCAGACGUGCCACUGACAUCCGUCUUCGGCGCUGCCAUCUUCGCCGGCCAGCCCUUCGUAGAAAACAUCAACGCGACGGUCCAGACACUGUACCGGGAUGCUGUGGCCAAGUUUGGCAAGCGCUGGGUGUUUACCUUGAACAUCUACCCGUACUUCGACCCGAACAAUGCGCUGGAUCCUGGCUCCAGUACCAAGUGCACACAGGCACUGACGACCUCAACCUGCUUCAGCGACCCCAGAUGCCUAUUGCCAAAGAUGGUCACAGACAUGCGCACAAGGAUGCAGUCGCUGUCGGGCAGUUCCGCACACCUUCUCUGGCUUGGGGAGACGGGCUGGAGUUCUCCCCAGGCGAGCACGCUGUCGGGAAAGCCCAUGGCUGCCUGCACCGCUUUCUCCAGUAUUAGCUCUUUGCGUAAAUAUUACAGCAACUUCCUGAGCUGGGAUCUCACUGUGGAUGCGAGCAGCCGUGGGCCGGAGCUGGAUGGCUACUGGCAGGACCUUUGCCCUGGCAACGGCCCCCAGCGGAUCAGCUUCGAAGAGUGGUUUGGCUGGGUUCGUCGCAACUACCUCCCCUUCCAGGAGCUCACUGUCGACGUGCCCGUUCCUGAAAGCUACGAGCUUAUCACGAGUGCCGUGGGCGUGGCCCUGGCAAUCUAUGUGUUGGGUCAGUUCGAUGCCAUCGCCUCGAGCUUCCGCGGGCUUUCUGGCACGCCGCUGACGCUGUGGGCUCCACCCCUAGGCUCCGUGGUCGUGCUCCUCUUUGGCCCCGGACUCCAGGGCCGGCGCGGGGCGAUCAGUGACACGGAGGCUGUACGAACGGUGCUGGUUGCCUGCGUCGGCUGCGCUUUCUGCGCCAUGCUGGCCAUCUACAGCUUCGGUGGCGACCAGCCGGCAAUAACCCGGGCAGCAGCAGCCAGCGGCUCCCUACUGUGGAUGCGCUCCACACGGAGCCUCUUCGCCCCUGCCGGGGCCUUCGCCUGCCUGGCUGUGGACCAGGCCCUCCCUCGGCUGCCACCCGUAAGGGACUGGCAGUGGGUUGCCGAGGGUGUACAGCUUAUCGUCGUUCCGGCCAUUGUCGGAUCCCUGUUCCUUUUCGCCGCGCAGUCAGCGGCCGUUUUCCUGAGGAGCAAGUUUGCAUGGCAGGAGGCGCUCUCCAUUCAGGACACUUGGCUGGUGGGAGAGCUUCGCUCGGCUUUCCCUUCCUUACCGAAGCGAGAGCUCUCGAAGCUCCUGAGAGAAGCAGAGGAGGUCUACUACAAGCCCCGCUCUGUUCUGACGGACCAGGGGGAGGUGAACCCCUACAUUUGGCUCGUCAUUUCGGGAAGCCUCGUUGUGGAGGUGAGCGGUCAGGUGGCUUCCACAUUGGAGCGGAAAGCCAUCAUCGGAGAGGUGACCUUCCUUGACCCCAAGGACAAGCUGGCGACAGCCACGGUUUACGCGAACACGGGCGGGGCACGAACGCUCCGUUGGUCGCAGGACCGGCUGCGUGAGUUCUGCGAGGAGGAGGCAGCCCUAGGCGAGAAGGUGAUGGCCGCAAUAUCGGAGGAGCUCAUUGAAAAGAUGGUCCGCGGUCGGGGAGCCGGCCGGCGUUCUCCCGAGGAGUCCGUGAGACUCUUGGCGCAGCUGCGCAAAGCUUUCCCUCAGCUUGGCAUGGCGGAGGUGCCACGGUUCCUCAAAGUGGCCGACAGCGUCACCUAUUCGGAGGGUAGCUGCCUGACCACCCAGGGGAUCGAGAACCGCUUCCUCUGGCUGGUCUUGUCGGGAUCCUUGAGCGUCAAUGUCAACUCCCAAACCGUGGCUCAGCUGUCCGACGGUGCCCUUAUCGGCGAGGCCACCUUCCUCGGCUUCGCGGCCGAGAGCUUGGCUUCGGCGACGGUCCGGGUCGACGAGGAAGAGGGUGUGCAGACAUUGCGCUGGUCCCAGGACAGUUUGCGUUCGCUAUUGGUGGAGGAUGCCGGGCUGAGAGACAAGCUAAUGCCUGCCUUUUCUGACGAGCUACUGCGACACAUGCGCGGGGAAAAACUGCAGCAACGAAGGCUUGCUUGA